AUUACCCUACGACUGGACCUCACAAAGAAGUGCCUGCUCCUUCGACGGAGGUGCCCACGCCGAAAAUGGUCGCACAAUAACGAUCGAUCCUCUUGACACCACAUCCAGCAAACCCACAUCCACAACAGAAGCGUCAACAUGGACGACGCGAAGACGCAGAUGAGCCCAGAGGGCGCGAUGGCGAUCGGGAUUAUCGUUGGGUUGUUGUCAACAUGCGUGCAAUCUGUGGGAUUGACGCUACAACGAAAGUCACACAUGCUGGAGGAUGAGAAAGAAGAUCAUGUCUCGCGACGACCUCCCUACCGACGAAGGAGGUGGCAAGUUGGCAUGCUGUUGUUCUUGGUCGCAAACAUCAUUGGAUCGACGAUACAAAUCGUCUCCCUACCAUUGCCGUUGUUGAGCACGCUGCAGGCUUCUGGUCUGGUGUUCAAUAGCGUCAUGGCGAGCUUGCUUCUGAAAGAGCCGUGGACUUUGAGGACUGCAUACGGAACAAUACUGGUUGCUGCAGGAGCCAUUCUGAUCAGCUACUUCUCUGCGAUGCCGGAGCCAAGUCAUGACCUACAACAACUGCUGCACUUGUUGUCCAUGCGAGGGUUCCUGGUCUGGUUCAUUCUCUCGUUGG